AUGAACCAAGAUAUUAUUUUAGAGACACCAUCGUCACAUGUACUUCUAGACAUUCCUAUAUCUAUAAAUCCACUUCUUUUAUCCAAAGAACCAAUUACAAAACCAUUUGAACUACCUGAAUCUGAAUCAUUACAUCAAUCUGAAUUCCUAAUCACUAAGUAUAAUUAUUGGAAGGAUGAAAUAAAUGAAGCAUUACAAGAAAUGCAUUAUAUGAGAAAAAAUGAAAAAUGGACAUUAGAAAAAAAAAUAAUAACAAAAGAAAAAAUAAAAUUCUUAGAAACACUAGAAAAUAAUAUUUUUUUAAAUUCAUUAUGCUCUUAUAACAUUUUAAAAUCAGUAAAACUCCUUGGAGGACAAUUAGAGGAUUUGGAAUUAGAAAAUAAUAGCUAUAACUGGUUAGAUAUUUAUAAUCGUGUAGUAAUUAAUUCAGAUUAUCAUACAAAAUCUAUUAAAAUUUCAAACAAUAUUUUUCAUAUCCCUCCUAAAUCAUCAUUUAUUUUAGGAAACAUAGAAGAUAAUAUAGAUUCAUUAAUUAAAUAUAUUAUUAAAAAUGGUACAUUCGAUAUUAUUAUUUUUGAUCCUCCAUGGAAAAACAAGUCAUCAGCUAGAAAAAUGGCAUAUUCAUUAAGUUCUAAUUACAUCUUAAUGAAGAUACCUAUACAAAAACUAUUAUCAAAAAAAGGGAUAAUUGGUAUAUGGGUGACUAACAAAAAGUCUAUUCAUGAGUUUGUAGAGAAUAAGUUAUUUAAAAAUUGGAAGAUGUCUAAAUCCGGUUCAUGGUGCUGGUUAAAAGUUACUGAUACAGGUGAACCUAUCUUUAAUAUUCAGUCAUUUAACAGAAAACCAUUUGAAGAGAUAUUGUUUGCACAAUUUACAAAUGAGCCUAAAAAAAUAGAAAUUUCAAAGCGAAUAAUAGCAGCUGUUCCUGAUUUACAUUCAAGAAAACCAUGCCUUAAAAAUUUAUUAAAUUCGCUAAUUCAUGAUUAUAAAGGAUGCGAAUUUUUUUCUAGAAAUUUAAUACCUGGAUGGUUCAGCAUUGGAAAUCAAACAUUAAAGGCACAAUGGGAUAAAUGGAACACAAAAUAUACAACAUAA